UUCCUUUUACAGCUUGGUUGUGGUGGUUAAUCAAGCUCCCAAAUCUUGUGGGUAUAGCCUGGUGGAGAAAGCUACAAAACUCGUCUUUACUGCUGCUUAUAAAGGGUGUCAUGUCAAGACUGUGGGCAAACAUUAUGAGCUAACUAUUGUUCAUCUGACCAGUACUGGAGAAAAGCUGCAAAAGCACAUGAUGUGUCCUGUACAGAUGAUUGUGGCUCAUCAAGGCUGCCACCUACCAAGGAAUAAACAAGUGACCUGUGGUCCUCCUGGUGCUAAACCCCACUCCUGCUUGGCUCAUGGAUGUUGUGUGGAUGAAGAAACAUUGCACUGCUAUUACCCUAUGGACACAUGCACAGCAGACGGCCACUUUGUCUUUGCGGUUUACCGCAUUGCCAAUAAACCUGAAGUGGACCCAACAACGUUGGUGGUUUCGGGCAACAAGUCUUGUCUCCCUGUGAUCUGCACUCCACAAUUUGCCAUCUUUAAAUUCCCACUGACUGGCUGUGGUACCUACGUCUUUGUCAUUGCUGAAACUACAAUUUAUGUGGCUGAAGUGCAAGGCCUAAUCAGACGCAAGCUGCAAAUGUUUGGGCAGAUUACAAGAGACAGUCCAUUUCGUCUCCAGGUGGAAUGUCGCUACUCCAAAGGAAGUCUGACCAGCACUGGCUACUUGGUGAUGAAUGUGUCUCCUCCUCCUGCUUCCAUUUCUUCUGGGCAACUUGGAGUUUCUUUAAGAAUUGCCAAAGAUGAAAGCUACGCUUCAUUUUACCCAUAUUCCCAAGUACCCGUUAUCUUAUUGUUGGGUAAGAAAGUCUACCUGCAACUCCAACUUGUAAAUCCACCUGAACCUAAUGUGGUGUUGCUGGUACAUUACUGCAUUGCUUACCCUCGUUCUUCAAUGAAUGCCUGGGUACUCAUCUAUGAAGGGUGUCCAAAUAAAGAAUCUGCUGUCAAUCUGAUACGGAAAGAUAUUGAGGGGCAUCCCUUGCCAAAAUAUCUACGCCGCUUUGACCUCCAGACAUUUCAGUUUUUGGACCCAAAGAGUCGGGAACAUUUGGAUGAAGAGGUUUACUUCAUGUGUUCAACUGAAGUCUGCUCACCCUCCUCUCAAGUUUGCAAUGAAGGAUGCUUUGAUGGAAGAAUAAUGGCAACCCCUGCUUCUGAUGCUUUUGAUGGACGCUGUUCGGGAAAGUUUUGUCCCAAACAUGUGAUCAUUGCCAAGAGAGCCAUUGAAAGGUCUGAAGCUGUCCAUGCAAUGUUCAACUCCAACAAUGUUCCUGCCCAAGCUCAUGGUAAUCUAUUGACCAAAUUGAUCCUUCCAUUGGUCUUGGGACUAUUUUGCUUGAUUACUGCUUCAGCAUUGUUAAUUCUCAGGAAUCUACACCACCCUUGCAGAUAUUUAACUAAAUAAUAAAGCUUUUUUUCACUUUUUUGAAUGUUUUA